GUCAGACUUCGUCGUGACUUGCCAUAGUAAUUUCUCCAUACUAUGGGGAGCUCAUUUAUUUCACAACACAGCCACCAGCACGUGGACACCAGAGCAGGUUUUGUGCACAGUUGCAGAGGGUUCGUUAAGGGGAUAAACAGGUGCCAUAAAGCUGUAGUUUAACAAGUUAUUGGAGUGAGUCGACCAAACUUGUGGCAGGCGUUGAGCUCCUGCGUCAGACUUUACGCACCAUGCGCCUUGUGUGACUGGAAGCUGAUUUCGCAUCUCUUUGCGCGCAGAGAUGUUGCAUACAGAGACAGUGUCUGAAUGAAGACACCGUGCACUCACUUUGGAUUCAUACUGACACGCUGACUCGGACCCUUCCGCCCUUUCUGCAAACGACAUAAGAUUGAAGAAAAAAGCACAACUUUCUUUUCCUGCUUCCUCCUGAUCUCUCUCCAGUCGGUCACCUCAGGCUCUCCUCUUCCUCCUCCGCCCUCAGCCUGAAGGAGCUCUGGUGUUGCAGCCAUGCCAAAGAACACCAAGGUGACGCAGCGGGAGCACAGCAAUGAGCCGGUCACUGAGUCUGUGGCUGACCUGCUGUCCCUGGAGCACCCCAUGGACUAUAAGAGCAGCCAGAUGAGUAUGGGUCUGAGUCCUGGCUCUACUGCUCCAGUAAAAGCUCUGAUACCGUCCCCUGACCCAGACGCCGAGGACGGCCGACCAGCCUGGAACAACAAGCUGGAGUACAUCCUGGCCCAGGUGGGCUUCUCUGUGGGCCUGGGUAACGUCUGGAGGUUCCCCUACCUGUGCCAGAAGAACGGUGGAGGUGCGUACCUGGUGCCCUACUUUAUUCUCCUCCUGCUUAUCGGCAUCCCCCUGUUCUUCCUGGAGCUGGCGGUGGGUCAGAGGAUCAGGCGUGGCAGCAUCGGGGUGUGGAACUAUGUCUACCCACAGCUGGGAGGCAUCGGGGUUUCCAGUCUGAUGGUUUGCGGCUUUGUGGGCCUCUACUAUAAUGUGAUUAUCGGCUGGAGCAUCUUCUAUUUCUUCCAGUCUUUUCAGUAUCCACUGCCUUGGGCUGAAUGCCCCAUCCAGAGAAAUGGAACCCAAGCCAUUGUGGAGCCAGAGUGUGAGAAGAGCUCAGCCACCACCUACUUCUGGUACCGCCAGACUCUCAACAUCACCAGCUCCAUCGAAGACACCGGCGGCCUGAACUGGAAAAUGACCCUGUCCCUGUUGGUGGCUUGGAUCUUGGUCUGCCUGGCUGUCAUCAAGGGCAUCCAGUCCUCUGGGAAGGUGAUGUACUUCAGCUCUCUCUUCCCGUAUGUGGUGCUCUUCUGUUUCCUGGUGCGAGGUCUGAUGCUGAAGGGAGCGGUGGACGGCAUCGCUCACAUGUUCACCCCUAAGCUGGAAAAGAUGUUGGAGCCACAGGUGUGGAGAGAAGCAGCCACGCAGGUCUUCUUCGCUCUCGGUCUGGGCUUUGGAGGCGUCAUCGCUUUCUCCAGCUACAACAAGCGAGACAACAACUGCCACUUUGAUGCAGCGCUCGUCUCCAUUAUCAACUUUGUUACCUCCAUCCUUGCCACUUUAGUUGUGUUUGCUGUUCUGGGGUUCAAGGCGAACGUCAUGAACGAGAAGUGUGUUGUCGAGAAUGCAGAGAAGAUUCUGGGCUUUCUAAACACAGGUGUGCUGAGCAAAGAGCUCAUCCCUCCUCACAUCAACUUCUCCCACCUGUCCGCCCAGGACUACGCAGACAUGUACGGCAUCAUUAAGGCGGUGAAGGAGGACGCCUUCGACCAGCUGGGUCUGGAUGCCUGUGUGCUGGAGGACGAACUCAACAAGGCGGUUCAGGGCACUGGCCUGGCAUUCAUCGCCUUCACGGAGGCAAUGACACAUUUCCCCGCCAGUCCCUUCUGGUCGGUCAUGUUCUUCUUCAUGCUGAUCAACUUGGGUCUGGGAAGCAUGAUCGGCACGAUGACUGGCAUCACCACACCCAUCCUGGAUGCUUUCAAGAUCCGCAAAGAGAUCCUGUGUGUGGUCUGCUGUAUCAUAGCCUUCCUGUUAGGCCUGCUGUUUGUGCAGCGCUCGGGGAACUACUUUGUCACAAUGUUUGAUGACUACUCAGCUGGUUUGCCUCUCACUGUGGUGGUGAUCCUGGAGAACGUCUCUGUCGCCUGGAUCUACGGCACUAAGAGGUUUAUGCAGGACCUGGAGGACAUGCUUGGUUUCAGGCCGUACUCUUUCUAUUACUACAUGUGGAGGUACGUGUCGCCGGCCAUCCUGCUGGUGCUCAUUGUCGCCACUGUCAUCGAGAUGGCCGUCAGUCCUGCAGGAUACAACGCCUGGGUGGAGGCUGAGGGCGCAGAGAGCUUCCACAGCUACCCUCCCUGGGCUUUAGCCAUGGCUUACUCCCUCAUUGUAGUGGCCAUGCUGCCUUUACCCUUCGUCUUCAUCGCCCGCCACUUCAACCUGAUCUCAGACGGCUCCAAUAAGCUGUCCGUCUCCUACCGUAAAGGCAUGAUGAAGGACAUUUCUAACCUGGAAGAGCAGGACGAGCAGCGUUUCAUCCUCAGCAAGAACCCCAGCGAGGCUCCUUCCCCAAUGCCCGCCCACCGCGCAUACCUGGGCCCCGGUGGCGCCCACGAGAUGACCAACACCAACUACGGCACCAGCACCAAGACGGGCUACCAGAACAUCGGCUCGCCUGAAUCUGAGCUAUGAUCACUGAGCUCAUAGAUCCUCCCGUCCGUUAUAUCCCGGCCCUGCUUGGUGAGAGGGAGACAGAGGAAGAAAGGGAGGAACAGAGGAGGUCAAGGAGAGGAAAUCUACUGCCAGUCGUUGCAGCGUUCAUCACACCUUAACCCCCAGAGCUGAGUCACUCUAUCCCCCCUUUUCUGCCCCUACGCUCCUCGCAUACGGUUCUUCCCUUCUUCCCUGCUGUAGGAUCCGUGCUGCCAAUCCCAGCCGUAAUAAAGGGAUCAUGGGAAUAUGAGUCCCACCAGAUAUGUCGACCUUUUCCAUGUGUCAGCCUAUUACAAGGGCAGAGAAAGGAAUGAAACUUAGAAAGGUCCACUGAGGGCUUAGAUACAGGCUUUGUUUAUGAUAAGCUCUGGCUGAGGUUAAGGUGUGUGCAAGGCUGAAAUGCUUUACUGAAUCGUGUGUUUACCAGUUUGGAGAAGGUUCUUUUUGAGACGGCUGGAUGUUCCUAGAUCUCUGAGAUCAUCAUCUCAUUCUGGUUCAGUUGUGGAGGAUUGUUAUGUGUGGGGACAGGAUGGAAGGAGAGUCAGAUAAAAAAAACAUAUUUUCAUGAUCUGUAUCACUGUAUGAGAACAUUUCUCAUCUAGAAAAACAAAAUGAUUAGAAAUGCAUCCAUAACAGUAUGUACCAAGUGAUUCUGAUAGUGUAAACAGUGUUACAAGCACACAAACACAUCUUUAUUGUGCCUAUCAUGCGUCAGCAAUAAUAACCAGUCAAAGUAGGGUCCUUGUAAACUGUGGUUCUCCUUCUAUCCCUACUUUCCCCACUGAUGUAGAAUACUGUACAUACGUGUUGUGCAAUCGUCUGAGAUGUCACCGUAAAUCGUGUAUAUACACCACAGUAGUGCAAAAACGAGGGGAAACUUUUUCUGCCUCUUCAUUCCUUCUCCAUGAACACGAAGAACAGACACCCGCUACCAUUUUAGAGCAUCUCUGAGCCUUAACACAGAGCAGCACUUUUUCUUUUAAACAACCUUUCUCCUCGACAAACGAGGCUCUGGAGCUGCUGCCAGGAGCACUGCACACAUCGUCUCUGCGCUGUUCCAGUCCCAGCUGGUCUAGACAAAGCUUUUCCAUUUGAAUCAAUCAUUUUAAUCAAGCGUUUCCAUUUUAAUCAACGCCUUAGAAGGACAGGGGUGGCGGUGCACCAGCACAGAUAAGCGGAGCGGUUUCACGCUCAUCUGUGUGUGUGUGUGUGUGUGUGUUAGAGAGGCACACCAGGAAGGAAUUGGAAAAUGUGAGUUUUGUCUGUGUGUACGUGCAGAUGUGCAUGUGUGCGAGCAUCAGUGUGCCGUCUGCCGCUGAAUGAGAGCCGCCGUUGACCCUGCCUCUUAAAAAUAGAGCUGCGUUACCCAGGGGAAGCCGUGGCAACACAUCAUAGAUACAGAUCCUCUUGUGAUGUGGAGGAGGAAGAGGAGAGCGGACACCUUGCUUUGUCUGCUCCACCUGCACGGCUGAUUGUUCAGCAGUACGCAGAUGAGACAUUUUACUGUCGACGUCUUACAAGAAUAUAUAUCUCUGAUGUUGUCACAGUGCAUUGAGUAAGAGGUUUACUGCCAUGCCACGCUGUGGAUUUAUCAUACGUCAUCACUAAGAGGAAGAUGUUUGGGUUUAAUUGUUGUACAUUCCUCAAAUUGUGCGCACUAUGGGCAUCAUUUCAUAAGCACUACGAUUUACACUUUGAUGUCUUUUUGUGAACUAAGGUGUGAAAACUUACAGCCUUUUUUUAUGUAUAAUCUUGUAUGACAAUGUAUGUUUAGAGGUAUAAUGUGGAAAAUGUGCAGUGACAUAAAUGUUUGGAAUAAGUGGUAAUACACAGAUUUCACCACUGGGUGUCUCUGCCGGCCAGCGGAGGAGCCAGUGACUCUCUCUGUCUCAUGGCCCCUCCCUGAGACAACACCAAUACUUGAGACUGAACAGAUGUAGUGAGAAGCACAGUCAGUCACAUUGUUUGGUGCCUGAACAGCAUCUCUGUUGUCUGUUCGCCUUAUGCUUUAGUCAGUUUGUUUUCUCGAUCAUGUGGUGCGUCAAUGUAGAGUUUGGACCAAUGUCUCGUCUCAUUCUCUUGAGCACUUUAAUUAGGUAGAGACCCUGGAGUUAUUUAAGUUCAGGCUUGACAAAAGCUUUGUGAUCAAUCACAGGAAUGCUGUCACAGAAUAUGUAUUGGUUAGCAAUAUUUAUACAGGAAGAGAUGGAGGGCUCAGAGGCACAAAACACACAUGUAUCACAAGCCACUUUGUCAAAAACAUCCAGUUUCUUGUGCAUUUGUUCAGCUGAUCUUUAAAAUGUAAGCAUUUUAACAAGUUUUAAUGUUUCAUCUUAGGACGUCAAAACCAUGUUGACGUGAAUUUUACUCUGCUAUCGCACCAGUGUUGACUCAUGCUUCCAUGCCAUUAGCUGGCCCUGCUAGGUCCUCCCUACUUUACAUAAUAUAAGUGCUAACCCACACUAUUACACUGUUGUCACAUGGGGUCAUAUGAUGUCUUAUAUCUGCUCAGGUUUCAGGCUACAGUACCUAGUGCUUAGUAGUGCCUACAGUAGCUGGGAGAUAUUGCUUGGUGUAUACGUUAUAUACUGAAGUGAUGAAUCAUAUAAUUCCCUGCUGAUCUACCAGAAAAACUGAUUUUAUAUCAUAUCAUAUUUCCCUCCUGUAUUUCAUAGAUUUGUAUGUUCUUUAAGAUUAUGUUGUCACUUGGGCUGGGUAUCGUUUAAAGAAAUUAUGGUACCAGUACCCUUAAAUUGAUACCAAUACCAAGAGUUUUUUUUUCUACUUCAUUCGAUACCCAUCAUGUGAAUGGAAGCAUUUCAUUAUGUAAAACGCCACCAGACAUCACAGGCGUGGAGUAUAGCCAUGCUUUCAAACAUCAUAUUGGCAUCUCAGCACACUGAACUGCCAGCUCCAUCAAAUACACAACCAAACCACAGACCAUAUGGGUCGUAGCUAAUUGAUCAAUCACACAUUUUAUUAAAAGCCAGCAAAUCCAUACAAAUAGUCAUUUUUUCUGUCUGGGUACAAACAGGAUCAAAUGCAAAUAUCAUUUCACUGGAGAAGUUUCAAUACUGCUUGGUUUGUUUCAGUCAAUUACGAAUAGAUAUUGAGUACUGACACCCAGUCCAGAUGUCAUAUACUGUUUUUGUAAUAAUAAUAAAAGGGUUAAAGUGGAGAAAGUCUGCAUUACAGGGGAGUGAAGUGCAGUCAUAAAUCACUAUGAGAAUGUAAACCUCUAUAAAAACAAAACACUAGAGGAACAAAGGGAUCUUUCCACUCUCGUCUCCCCAUAAAUCACAGUGAAAUGGUCUCUCUUUAAUGUGAGUGUGUUGUUACAAGAUGUUACAGAUGAACAUGUAAACACUCCACAGUCAGAUUAUGACCUGUUCAAUCGCUAACAUCUAGCAGGACUACUGUGAUAACAUGCACAAGGAACCAAAUGUUUUUGGCCAAUCGGCUUGCGACACAGGUAGCACAUAACCGUAAGUGAAGGCACUCACCUGUCCUCACCUGCAGCUUUGAGAGUUAAAGCACAUUAAUGGAAGCACAGGAAAGUGAGCACAAAGGAGUUUCAUGUCUUAGUGAGAAAGCACCAGUCAGUGAGUUAAACAUAGAGUCAGUGUGGGUAAACUGGAUGAUGAAACUUGUAGAUUAUGUUAGUUAUGGUCUGAUUCCUGCAUCCUGAGAGGGGUCACUGGCGGUUAAGUCUUCACACUGAAAUGCACUGCCAUUGUCACAAGAGGUGCACCGUUAGUGUGUGCUGUAGCUACAGACUGAUCUGCACAGUGAAUACGUGACAAAUGUCAGAGGUGGCAAACCUGAGCUGAUACUGGUGUGGAGGAGAGAGCACAAUCAAAACACAAUGUUUAUAUAGUCUUUUGGAAACAGCAUCUUCAUGUUUAAACCUCUGGUUUGUUUCAAUAUAUGAUGCACAGUUUUGCCAAGGAGUUCUCACGUCUCCACUCCAGGCACAGCAGGUCUUUGCCUCUAACAUUUAAAAACACUGUGCACAGUGGUAAAAUCACCAGCCAUCUCGUAUUGGUUCUAAUUUGAUCAGUAGCAAGGUGUUAGCAUUUAGCACUGAUAUAUCUUAUUUAAAAAAAACAACAAAAUAAACUCCAGGGUCUCUUUGUCUCGUCCAUGUGUCGGCUGUGUUGCAUUAUGUACUUUGAAGCAACUUGUAGAGGUUAACUCAGUUGAUUUACUGUGAUUAACUCGACAAAAAUAGAGUAAUAGUGUAUUUAUUUAGCUGUGCAAAUAGUCUUUAUGUGACCAAACCCAUAGUUAUAUUUAUAGUAUUUAAGACGAUGUAUUUAACCUGUACAUAUCGAUGUACAUUCUGAUAAAUUCACACUGAGUAUCUAUAGUAAGAGUGACAGGGUGUAUACUUGAGCUGUAAAUAAUAAUUGUAUAUUUUGAGAUAUUUUUUGAUUUUUGUACUGUAGGUAAUGUUACUUUGGUGUCUGUUGGUUUCUGGUGUUAGUGUGUGGUUGUUCUCAAUCAAAAUAGCUGAGUGACUGUGAAUGUGAGUGUGCGAGAGAGACAGAAAGGGAGUGUGUGUGUGUUUAUGGGUGUGUGUGUAAAGUAAGAGUAUAUGUAGAUUUUUGGUGUUUAAAUGUGUGUUGUUUUUUUCUCCUCUCUCAGUGUUGUGUGCUGCUGAUCUAAUCCAGUAGAUAAAAUCCUGUUGUUACAGUGAACUGGGACCACUGGUGUAAGCAAUCUGUCCUCUGUGUUUCUCACUGGAACUGCGGCGGCUUCCAGCACAAAACUGACAACACAAUCAGAAGGA